UUAAAGAUCUUCAAAAAUUCGGAAAACCCCUAAAUGGGCAUUUUGUGGGCGACGGCGUCUCACAGCGAUUGUUAACAUUCAUUUUGCGAGCACAAUAGCACGGAGAUAAGCAAAAAAUUAGUCGAGGCAUUCGAUUCAGUCGACAGAAAAAUAGCGGAGACAAACAUUAAAAUGGAUGAUUCUACGAACAGUUCAGAACAGGAAUUCUUGGCUGUCUCGAGUAGCAACGGCUCCGUACACAACCAAGACAAUGGGUUCUUGCAGAAACGCGUCGAAGAGCUCGAGACAAUUGUCAAGAGUCAGCAGGCGCAAAUAGAUGAACUGAAGUCGCUCGUCGAACGAAUUGGCAGCUUACCGAUCGCAGGAGACAACGCAAACGGCAGCGCAACGACAAUGUAUCCCCCGAAUAACGGCAUCAAGGAACGCAAAAUUGCGACGCCAAUGCAGUACAAAUAUACGCAAUCCAGCUAUGCGAAAAACGAGAAACAUAAAAGCAUUUAUGCAAGGUCACUAACAUCGCCGCUACGUCGACCUCCGUCAUCGGGCAAAAAUAAUUUACAGUCCAGAGGCAGCAACAAUUCGCUCCUGAGUGAAUCUCCGAGUCGCGAUUCGUCGAGUCCCCGAGCUUCGCCAUUGCCUCGCAUGGUACAGUCAACGCCGCUUGCGAAACGUUGGAAUAGCAGCACAACGAUCGAUUCGCCGACACCAUCAUCGGGCAGUGCGGGAAAUGCCUUCGGACCUUCCGGGCGUUUCUCGAAUAAAUCUUUGGUGAAUUUGUCGCUCAAUAAAAGUCGUCAGAAUUUGCAUUCGGUGUCGUGUGCGCAGCUGAAUGAAGAUGAAAAUUGUCUAAAAUUGCUUUUUAAAGGGACACCUUUGGUUUUUCCGAUUCCCAAAUCGUUGCCUGACUUUGAUUUGAACCAACAGCCCGAACCGCCGUAUCACAAACUCAUUCUCGACUGGGUUUAUGGCUAUCGCGGCAAAGAUUGUCGUCAAAAUUUGUACUAUUUGCCCACGGGAGAAAUUGUUUACUUCACAGCAUCCGUUGCGGUCCUUCAUAAUGUCGAUUUCUCGUUGCAACGUCAUUAUUUGGAGCACACAGCGGAAAUUAAAAGCAUGGCGUUGCAUCCAAAUAAACUUCUAAUCGCUACCGGACAAUCAGGAUCGAUGGAAAAAAAUGCCAUGCCUCAUAUUCGCAUCUGGAAUUCAGUUUCUCUCACAACUACAGCUGUUAUUGGCGUCGGACAUUUCACGGGACCCAUUACUUGUGUGUCAUUUAGUCGCACAGAGAACGGUUCCUUACUUGUAGCAAUCGAAGAUUACACCGAAAAAAUUAUGACGGUAUGGAAUUGGCAAAGCGGCGGCGAAAGCGGCGUAAAAAUCACGGAAACGAAAUGCUCGGUUGAUCCAAUUGUCGCUUGUGAAUUCAAUCCGUUGGAUAAAACGCAAAUUAUUACGGCGGGAAAGACGCACAUUGCAUUUUGGACUUUCGAUCAAACCGGUGCCUACAAGAAAAUGGGAUUUUUCGAUCAACGCGACAAGCCAAAGUACGUGACAUGCAUCUCGUUUACGCAAUCGGGUGAUAUUGUGACGGGCGAUACAAAUGGCAAUAUCGCUAUUUUUGGACGAGGCACGAAUACAAUUAUUCGAUUGUUGAGAAAAAUUCACGAUGGUCCCGUUUUCACGUUAUGUGCCUUAAGAAACUCAGGAUUCAUAUCGGGCGGCGGAAAAGAUGGAAAACUUGUCUUAUUCCAAGACAACUUAAGCAGCUCGAACGCUGUUUACACAAUUGAGCCUCAUUUCGGGGGCGUUCGUGUCGUCACUCAAGGUCGAGGAGCAGUUUUAUUCAUCGGCACUACUCGAAAUUGCAUUUUAAUGGGAACUCUUGAAGAAUCUGAAUUCACGCCGCUCGUCAUGGGACACGUUGGCGAAGUGAACGCCCUCUCAUGCGGCAGCAAAUUGGGACAAUUCAUCACGGGAGGCUACGAUCGCCUGCUUCAAUGUUGGGAUUCGCUCACGCAUAGCGUCGUUUGGUCCAAAGACAUCGAGGAACCGAUUCAGUGUUGCGCUGUGUCACCCGCUGACAACAAAACAAUCAUCGUGGGCGGCGGAAGCGGACGAUGGAGUGUUUACAAUGGCGAAACACGCGAAUUAGUUGGUCAAUAUUUCGACGGAAGUGACAUUAUCACGACUGUAAAGUUCUCGCCGAGUGGGCAAUAUGUCGCAAUUGGAUCACGUGACAGCGCAAUUUACAUUUACGAAGUCCCGCAGGAGGGAAAAAAGAAAUUUAUGAAGGUUGGAAAGUGUUCGGGACAUACGGGAAGUGUUUUGACGAUCGAUUGGACUGUCGAUGACAUGCAUUUGCGCUCGAAUUCGACAAGUAUCGAAGUUUUGCAUUGGAAUCCGCAUUUGUGUCGCCAAAUAACGAACGCUUCGACCAUAAGUGAGCUCCAAUGGGCAACGCAAAGUUGUAUUUUGACCUUUGAAACGAUCGGAAUAUGGCCUGAAAACGCAGAAGAUUACGAUGUUGUGUCAGCUGCAAAGAGCGAAGACUCAAGUACGUUAGUUGCGGGCAAUUCCAAUGGACUGAUUCAAGUUUAUAAUUAUCCAGCUGCCUUACCAAAUUCCCUUUUUGAUGUUUAUCGCGGGCAUGGAGGCGAUGUUUCAUCCGUAAUUUUCAGUCAAGACAACCAACUUUUGUCCGUUGGGCGAACAGAUGCGAGUGUUUUGCAAUGGCGCGUUAUCUAGCAUAAGCUUCAGACUCCCGACGAUCCCAUUUUCAACUAUUGGCCAGAAAUGAUUCGUGUUCGAACAAAAUCCAUUGAACUUAUGACAACGGAGAUAUCGACAUGGGAGUGUGAAAUUCAAGAAAAACCCGCAAAAACUUCUCCAACGGAGGAAAUGACGACUGACGAUGAUGAUAAGAAAAAAGACGAAACCACAGCAAUAACUUCUACUUCAAAUUCUUCUUCUACUUCUGCAACUAACAAGCCGGCAACUAAGAGCGUAAGUGCAAAUAAUACGCCGAAAAAGCAAAAACUUGUUCAUUUCAACAAGAACUAAAAAAAAAUUAUUUAAAAAAAAAUUAAAUAAUUAUUUUUAAAAAAUAAUUUAAAAAAAAUUUAAGACAGAAAAAUUAAUUUCUUCAAAAAAAAAAAUCAUUUUUAAAAAAAUAAUUUAAAAAUUAAAGUGCAUGUAAUUUUUUAUAAUAAUUAAAAAAAAUCUUAAAACGAGAAACGAACAAAAAAUAAAAGAAAGACGGAAUUGCUGUGAUAUUUUUUAUAAUUAAAAAAUUCUUCAGGAAAGAAAAAAAGACAAAAAUCAAUAGACUUGAAAAAAAUUCCUUAAAAAAAUUACAAAUUUUGAAACUUAACAUUCCUAAAUUAAACUUGCAAUGGAAUUUAUCACAAAAAAAUCUAAAAAUCCGUCCCGCUCAAAUGAAAACAACAAUAAUUUUCAAUAACAAACAAACUGAAAUAAGAGCCAAAUAUUUUUUUUAUGAAUUUAAAAAUAGAAAAUUAGACGAGCUUGAUUUUUUUUACUCUCAACGUUCCUCAACUUUUAAUUAAUUUUAUUGAAAAAGCCAUAAAAUAUACAAAAAAUGAAAGAAAAAAAAUGAGAAAGACUAAAAAAGCUGCCUGAAAAAUGUUGCAGACCUCAAUUUUAUCUCAACGCACCUGAAAAGCCAAUUAUAAAAUAGGAAAAAAACGUCCUGAAAUGUACUUUUAAAAAUAAUUACCCGUCAGAAUAGUGUGUUAGUUUGCACAUUUUUUCUCUCUCAUGCACGUUUGAUUUUAAAUAAAAUAAAAAAAAAUAAUAAAAUACAAAAAAUAGUCAAAAUAAAUAAUUUAACCAUAAAAAUAAUUAAAAUGUAGAUU